CUUUCCCGUCUGGAGUCUGACGCACUCCGCCAGCCAAUAAGCUCAUGUAGCACUUCAGCUCCCGUGCCCGCUGUGGAAGCAGGAUUUCUUCAAAUAAAAAUGGCAGAUGACUCCGCUGCCUCUUCCACGCUUCACUCAUCGGCUCGUAACGGCUCCGGUAUGAGCUCGGGGACGUGCGCCGGUGGGCACGUCGCAACCACAGUCACCUCCGGGCCUCGGCUGGUCCGCAUUGUCAAGUCGGACUCGGGCUACGGCUUCAAUGUCCGCGGGCAAGUAAGCGAAGGAGGGCAGUUAAGAAGCAUUAACGGCGAACUUUACGCCCCGCUGCAGCACGUCAGCGCCGUGCUACCGGGCGGCGCGGCAGACCGAGCAGGAAUCUCAAAGGGUGACCGAAUUCUUGAAGUGAAUGGGGUAAAUGUAGAAGGGGCCACUCAUAAGCAGGUGGUAGAUCUCAUCCGAGCCGGCGAAAAAGAGUUGGUCUUGGCUGUCCUGUCUGUUCCACAACCAGAGAUGGACAGCCUUGAUCCAGGGGAUGACGGCUCAUCCCAGUCUUGCUAUGACUACAGCGACAAGCAGGCUGUUCCCAUCUCUGUGCCCACGUACAAACACGUGGAGCAGAAUGGGGAGAAGUUUGUAGUCUACAAUGUGUACAUGGCAGGCAGGCAGUUGUGCUCCAAACGUUAUCGGGAGUUUACCAUCUUGCAUCAGAAUCUGAAGAGGGAAUUUGCAAACUUUGCUUUUCCCAAGCUGCCAGGAAAAUGGCCUUUCUCCCUGUCCGAGCAACAGCUAGACGCUCGCAGGCGAGGGCUGGAAGAAUACUUGGAGAAAGUAUGUUCUGUUCGGGUAAUUGGGGAAAGCGACAUCAUGCAGGAGUUUCUGUCAGAGUCAGAUGAGAACUAUAAUGGUGUUUCAGAUGUGGAACUGAGGAUAGCCAUGCCAGACAAAACUACAGUUAUGGUCCGGGUGCGGAAGAAUUGCACAACAGACCAGGUCUACCAGGCUGUAGUAACAAAGAUUGGGAUGGAUGGCAUUACUGCUAGUUAUUUUGCUCUAUUUGAAGUAAUUAACCACUCCUUUGCACGCAAGCUGGCCCCCAAUGAGUUUCCUCAUAAGCUGUAUGUGCAGAACUACACAUCUGCCAUCCCAGGCACCUGUCUCACACUCCUCAAGUGGCUCUUCACCACAGAGGAGGAAAUUCUGCUCAAUGACAACGAGCUGGCCAUCAACUAUUGCUUCCAUCAGGCUCUGGAUGAUGUGAAAAAGGGAUUCAUCAAAGUGGGGGAGAAAUCCUACCAGCUCCAAAAGCUUAUUGAGCAGAGGAAAAUGACCAUGUAUUUAAGUAUUCUAAGGACAUGUGAGGGCUACAAUGAGAUAACUUUCCCUCACUGCUCCUGUGACUCGCGAAGAAAAGGUCACGUCAUCACUGCGAUUAGCAUCAACCACUUCGAACUCCAUGCUUGCACUGAGGAUGGCACUCUAGAGAAUCAGGUGAUCGCAUUUGAAUGGUCAGAAAUGCAAAGAUGGGACACGGAUGAGGAGGGAAUGGCUUUCUGUUUUGAGUAUGCGCGAGGGGAGAAGAAACCUCGCUGGGUCAAAAUCUUCACUCCAUACUUCAACUACAUGCAUGAGUGCUUCGAGAGAGUCUUCUGUGAGCUCAAAUGGAGAAAAGAGGUUGAAGAGGAGGCCACAGACAAGGACAAUAAGAACUGCAGUAAAGAUGGUAUGUGCAGUAAGAAUAUCUUCCAACUGUUGAGACACAGAAGGGAUGGAGGCACAUGAAUGAAGAGAUUAUCUCCUCUUGAAUCCUCAAGUACACGUAUAUACACAAACACUUAUAGCUGCAUACAGAAGCCCAAAUAAGAACUAUUUCAAACCAGUCACGUACAGCUUAAUCUACAACUUAUACACACAUAAUUAAGUACUUCAAAUCCAAGGCUCUCUCCUUCAAAUCCAAGGCUGCCAAAUAUAGACAAUUUAAAGCAGGAAAUUACACAACCACAGUGCAGUGAAGAAAAACUAAAAGACUUGAAGCCUUUCGCCAUCACGCAAUUUCAAUGCAAUUGGACUGGACAGAGAUAUGUUGGACCUAUUAGAGGUGAAUGCCAGAUCGGGACAGGACGGUAGACAGUGAGACUUCUUAGAGAGGAGAAAGAACGUUAUCUCCCUAUUGUCGAAUUAUAUAUGCCAUAUGUACCUACAGAUGGACACGUCCUGGUCUUUGACAUGGCACCAGCAUUGCGAUUGGUCCAGGUGACUAAUUCUUGUCAUGUGGCUGGUCUUCAGACUGGACACUUUGUCAGAUGCAAGUGUUUACAGACUUAUGCUCUUGAGGUGGUGCUCCUUGGCAAUGUGGCAGAGAGAGAGAGAGAGAGAGAGAGAGAGAGAGAGAGAGAGAGGGAGGGAGAGGGGGAGAGAGAGGGAGGAGUGUGUUAAUUUAAAGGCAUGAAAUCCUCAGUGGUCAAACUAAUGCAUCAUCCUGACACCUGCACAUACACCUGUGAGGGCAGAGAGGCUCUCUCAGAAUGUAUCAUUUGGACUAUGAGAGUGAGCGAGGGAAGGAGAAAAAGAGAAAACAUGCCUUUUUAACCUAGUUAUAAAAAGGGCAAGAGAGACGGAUCAAUAGUUUCCAUACUUUUCUCACUAAUUUGCCUGUUACCUCACUAUUGCCACUGCUUGUACAGAUUUUGAGCCCUUAUGUUGAGCUGAGGUUUUAUUUUUUAUAGCAGUAUUUGAUUGCAUUAACCAUCGCCAUGCCCAGAUGGAAUUUUUAGGAAGAUUUGGGGGGGGAAAGCUGGAAUUCUGCAGAAUGAGUUUAAAUAUGGUGCAGUGUUCUUAUUUAAUAAACAAACAUGCAACAGGCAGAGAAUAAGUUGAAUUUAUGGGUCAACAUAUGCUGAACAAUGAGCGUUAGAAUUCAUUUUAGCUUUCUGUUGAGGUAUGCAGGCGUAGAUUCCAUGUUGACCUGGCCUUCGCUCUGGAACACCAUCCCACUAAUAAUCUGUACCAGUGCUCUGUGUGGGUGUUUUCUCUACACAUAUAUGACUUGAGUUGUUUUAACAGUGUUAUGAAUGUGAAACACUGAAUUGGAAAGCCAGAUUAGUGCUAGUUAUGUGUGUGUGAAUACAUUGUGUGAAUGUUAGGCUGGUUUGUGUGAGUUUCGGGCUGCCAUGCCCUCAUUGAGCAGUAGAUGGCUCUGACCGCACAUGAUGCGGUCAGCCUUUGCUGUCAUUUUAACUGUUUGAGUGUGUAUCUGUUCGAUUUUACUUAUUGUAGCGCAGGCGCAUACAAACCUGUCACUCCAGACCAGUUAUGACAUGUUUUGCACUUUUUAAAUGAUGUACAUUUGAGCCUAUGUCUGUAUGUGAAAGACUGACAGCAUGCCAUUUCUGUCCUGCACAGAAGAUGUUUCUGUGUCAUCGCAUUCCUUGACUUUACUAGACAAACCAAGCAAACAAGCAAGCAAUUGUGAAUAGAAUGACCGGCGGAUUUUUGUUCUGUUGGAAUACCACAGCUGUCUUACAUAAGUUAUAUGCUGGUUAUCAUGGGAUUUCGCUGAAUCAGCAUCAAGCAAAGCCUCGUCCUAAGUAUAUGGUUUAAAUCUCUUCAUUCUUGUCAAAUUGUUUGGCUUGUUGUAAUAGGCUUUUAGAUCAGACUUUUAUCUAUGUCUGUGUGUAUCUUUUUCCCUCUCUCAUUCUUCAGCUCUACUCUUUCAUUCUCUGUUUGUUUGCUCUGGUUGUGUUCUUUCUCUUUGACUGAAACUUUAAUUUAUUUGAAUAUGAUAUUACACAAAUAUCCCUGUGUACAGUAUUUUCAGCGGUGUGAAUUUUUGGGUAAUCUUUUCAAAUAAGGCACAAAAAGAACAUUUACAAAGCGACUCAAAGUAGUGUAAACUGAAAUAAGCAAUGUAGGACACAUACUGCAAAAAAAAGCAAGACAAACAACUGGAGUUUUUGAACUAGAAACUAAAGUUGACAUGGACAAAACUUUAUGUACAAGCAAAAUGUUUGGUAAUGUUUGGUCAUAGCAUUAUAAUAAAAUGUAACAUAUUCUUUUAAAUAAAUUGAUUUAUUGA